CGCGUCACCGCCGCUUGCCGCAUCCGCAAGAUCUCCCCGGACCAGCUCGGGAGCAGGGCCGCUGCGGGAGCCACCAGAUCUCUGCGGUCCUCGUCCAUCAUGGCCGACUCGGAGAACCAGAGCCCCGUGGAACCCAGCCAGGCGGCGGCGGCGGCGGCGGCGGAGGCUGCGGAGGAGGUAAUGGCGGAAGGCGGCGCGCAGGGUGGCGAUGCGGAUGGCGCGGCGGGGGAUGCGGAUGGCGCGGCCGGGCAGAUGGCCGAGGAGCCCCAGACCCCCGCGGAGAGUGCGACCAAGCCCAAAAAUGACUUCAUCGAGAGCCUGCCCAACUCGGUGAAAUGCCGGGUCCUGGCGCUCAAGAAGCUGCAGAAGCGAUGCGACAAGAUCGAGGCCAAGUUUGACAAGGAAUUCCAGGCCCUGGAGAAGAAGUACAACGACAUCUACAAGCCCCUGCUCGCCAAGAUCCAGGAGCUCACCGGCGAGAUGGAGGGCUGUGCGUGGACCUUGGAGGGCGAGGAGGAGGAGGAGGAGGAGUACGAGGAGGAGGAGGAAGAGGGAGAGGAGGAGGAGGAGGAGGAGGCUGCGGCGGAGGCUGUUGCGGGGGCGGCCGCGCGCGCGAAGGAUGCGGGUGCCCACGAGAUGCCUGACGAUGCCAAGAAGUAAGGGGCAGGGAUGGUCGCGGGGGGACCGGCGGAGAACACAGCCUUUUUUUUUUUUUUUCCAAAUAUGGGUGGACUCGAGGCUCAGGUUUUUGACCAAAAUGCAAUGUGAAUCCGUUCAGACAUUCCUCAAAGAGAUCAAUUAGAUCCUGGUCAGCCCGAUUCAAAUUUGACUUUCAUUUCUAACCUGAUAAGAUCUAUCUACCAAAAGGCGUUGAAGGAAACCAAAUUAAGUUUAACAUUAUCUUCCCAUGACUUCUUCGGGGAGGGCUAGAACGGAGGCUCACGAGGGGUGUGAGCGGAUGCAGAGAACGUCACCUUAAACCCCAUUCAUCACGCGGUCAUUACGCGGCACUCGGAACCCCCGAGCCAAGACGCACUCCUGAUGCCUCAUCCUUGCAUUUCGUGAGUCCUGACAUUUCGCAGUGCAGAGGAAGCAGAACCCCAGGAAAACGUCAUCGCAGACUUUGCUCUUGUAACCCAGACAGCAGCCUGACGCUUCAGAGAAGGGUGAUGGCAUAGGGGAAGCCUGCGACGCAGAUCACGCACCGCUGUUAACGGGGCCGGGAAAACUGCCAUUUCAAGUUCUGAAUAACUGAAUGUAGGGAAACAACAUGGUUCCAAGAGAGGGCGUGAAGCCUGUAUAAUAUCGUCAACAUGUGUAUUCAUUAGUUAUGAUCUCAUGUUUUAUGUGUUUUCUUGGUGGUGUCUAUUUACAGAGGCGUAAAAAAUAUCCCAAAUGUUUAAGUAUUAAAUCCCCUUACCUAGUGUUUUAUUAGUAUUAAUUUACUUGAAGAAAUGUAGAAUGUAGCAAGCUCUGUAAAGCAUGUGUAUCCAGUGUUAUGUCGUUUGAUCCUGUGAAGUCUUUCUGUCAUGUAGCUUUUAGGGUAUAGCUGUGAAAAUCAUCAGAACCCUUCAUUGAAGCUAAUGUUUGGAAAAAUAUAUACUUGAAGAACUAAUCCAAGUGUGUGCCCCUAACCCCAGCUCAGAAGUAGAAAGGGUUUGAGUUUGCUUGUAUUAGCUGUGCCUUCAUUAUUUUGCUAUGUAAAUGUGACAUAUUAAAUAUAAAAUGGUGCAUAAUCAAAUUUUACUGCUUGAGGAUAGACUGGCAUACAGAAAGGAUUUUUAGGAAGAACAUAUUUAAUGUAAAGACUCUUAGCUUCUUUGUGGGUUUUGAAUUAUGUGUGAGCCAGUGAUCUAUAAAGAAACAUAAGCAUAAAGUUGUUUACCACUGUGGUGUUAAUAAAACAAUAUUUUCAAAAAAAAAAAA